AUGGCGGCACGUGUGUCAUUAUACCUGGAGAUACUGGGAGUCGCCUGUCUGCUGGCGACCGCUUGCGCCAGAGAGGUGAAUCAGUUCCCAGAGGGCUUUCUGCUGGGUGCUGCCACAUCCUCCUACCAGAUCGAGGGCGCCUGGAACGAGGAUGGCAAAGGAGAGAGCAUCUGGGACCACAUGCUGCACGAGCAUCCAGAAUACGGCAACAACGGGGACAAUGGGGACGUGGCCUGUGACUCGUACCACAAGUAUGCCGAGGAUGUGCAGGCGCUCAAGGAACUGGGGGCCAAAGCAUACCGUUUCUCCAUCUCAUGGCCUCGUAUACUCCCCAAUGGGGACCUGGACGUGAUCAACCAGGCAGGAAUCGACUACUACAACAACCUCAUUAACCUGCUACUGGAGAACGACAUCCAGCCAGUGGUGACGAUGUACCAUUGGGACCUGCCGCAAGCCUUGCAGUACAUAGGGGGUUGGCCCAACCCCAUCCUAGCGGACUACUUCCUCGAGUACGCCAGGGUGCUCUUUGACAACUUCGGCGACAGGGUAAAAUGGUGGACAACAUUCAACGAACCAAUCACGUUCGUACGCGGCUACUCAACAAGCGGAGGCCAGGCUCCGUCGCAGAAGGCUCGCGGCAUCGGCAACUAUUUGGCAACACACACCGUCAUCAGAGCCCACGCCAAAGUCUACCGCCUCUACGACGAGCAGUACCGCUCCACGCAGAAUGGCAGAAUCGGCAUCACGGUGAGCACCAACUGGUACGAACCUUACAACGAUGAGGAGGAAAACCUGGCUGCCCAGGAGCGUAUUUUGCAGUUUGAGUUGGGUCUGUUCGCGAACCCCAUCUUCGUGGACGGCGACUACCCGGCUGUGGUGCGAGAACGUGUGGACAACAACAGCAGAGCCGAGGGUCGACCCAGGUCUCGGCUGCCCAGCUUCACAGACGAGGAGAAAAGGAUGAUCAACGGAUCUGCGGACUUCUUUGCUUUGAACUCAUACACAACUAUGGUUGUGAGGUCUGCAGAAUUUGGUUUCUCGCCCUCGUGGGGUCGGGACACGGGUACCUACAGGUCGUACAACCUCUCGUGGCCCGCCAGCGGAGCUACGUGGCUACGGGUUGUGCCGUGGGGUUUCCGAAAAGUUAUAAACUGGGUGUCAACAAGGUACCCGAACUAUCCAAUCUUUAUCACGGAGAAUGGCUACAUUGAUUCGGGAGAACUGGACGAUCAAGGACGCAUCAGCUAUUAUGGCCAAUACAUGGCUGAAAUGCUGAAAGCUAUUAACGAAGAUGGAGCCAACGUAAUUGGAUACACAGCGUGGAGCCUUCUGGACAAUUUAGAGUGGAACUCUGGUUACGAAGUGAAAUUCGGAAUCUACCACGUGGAUUUCAACAGUACUGAAAGGACAAGAACCCCCAAGGCAUCUGCGAGCUUCCUUGCUGGCAUCUACAGAAACAUGAGUGUACCAGAAGAAUAUGCUAAAGUAUACCGCUUCUCUAUCUCUUGGCCUCGCAUACUGCCUAAUGGGGGCCUGGACGUGAUCAACCAGUCGGGAAUCGACUACUACAACAAUCUCAUCAUUUUAUUACUGGAGAACGAUAUCCAGCCGCUGGUGACGAUGUUCCACUGGGACUUACCGCAAACUCUGCAGUACAUAGGUGGCUGGCCGAAUCCCAUCCUCGCGGACUACUUCCUCGAGUACGCCAGGGUGCUCCUUGACAACUUCGGUGACAGGGCUGCUAUAAACGAUCAUUUGGUGGCACUCGAGUGUUACCUGAUAUGGGCGAGAGUUUAUAAGCUGACAACGAGUACCUUUAGAGCAAUAGAUACCAACAUGAUGGCACCUGUGACGUUAUGUCUGGAGCUGUUGGGAAUUGUGUGUCUACUGGCAACAGCCACCAGCAGAGAGGUCAACCAGUUCCCAGAGGGCUUCCUGUUGGGAGCCGCCACCGCCUCCUACCAGAUAGAGGGCGCCUGGAACGAGGAUGGCAAAGGAGAGAGCAUCUGGGACCACAUGCUGCAUGAGCACCCAGAAUACGGCAACAACGGGGACAAUGGAGACGUGGCCUGUGACUCGUACCACAAGUAUGCCGAGGAUGUACAGGCGCUCAAGGACCUGGGGGCUAAAGUAUACCGCUUCUCUAUCUCUUGGCCUCGCAUACUGCCUAAUGGGGACCUGGACGUCAUCAACCAGCCGGGAAUCGACUACUACAACAAUCUCAUCAACCUAUUACUGGAGAACGAUAUCCAGCCACUGGUGACGAUGUUCCACUGGGACUUACCGCAAGCUCUGCAGUACAUAGGUGGCUGGCCUAAUCCCAUCCUCGCGGACUACUUCCUCGAGUACGCCAGGGUGCUCUUUGACAACUUCGGCGACAGGGUGAAACUGUGGACGACGUUUAACGAGCCCAUCUCAUUUACUCGCGGCUACGCUAGCAGCGGCGGCCAGGCCCCAUCACAGAACGCUUCUGGUAUCGGCGACUACCUGGCGUCGCACACCGUCAUCCGGGCGCACGCUAUGGUUUACCGCCUCUACGACGAGCAGUACCGCUCCACGCAGAACGGCAGAGUCGGCAUCACACUGAGCACUAACUGGUACGAACCUUUGGACGACCGAGAGGAGACGCUGGCAGCACAGGAGCGUAUGUUCCAGUUUGAGUUUGGCCUGUACGCGAACCCUAUCUUGGUGGACGGCGACUACCCGGCCGUGGUGCGCGAACGUGUGGACAAUAACAGCAGAGCCGAGGGGCGACCCAGGUCGCGCCUGCCCAGCUUCACAGAGGAGGAGAAGAGGAUGAUCAACGGAUCUGCGGAUUUCCUUGGAUUCAAUUCAUACACAACAAUGACGGUGUUUUCUCGAGAGCAUGGUAUCUCUCCAUCAAUGGACCGUGACUCGGGAGCCUUCAGGAUGCCCAACUACACCUACCCUACCAGCUCCACCGUCUGGCUCACGGUUGUGCCAUGGGGUUUCCGCAGAGUUUUGGACUGGGCGUCUACAAGGUACCCGAACUACCCAAUCAUCGUUACAGAGAAUGGUUACGCUGACUAUGGAGACCUGGAUGAUCAAGAGCGUAUCAGCUACUAUGGCCAAUACCUGGCAGAAAUGCUGAAAGCUAUUAACGAAGAUGGGGCCAAUGUAAUCGGAUAUACAGCGUGGAGCCUUCUGGACAACUUGGAAUGGAAUUCUGGUUUCAGUGUGAAAUUCGGUAUCUACCACGUGGAUUUCAACAGUACUGAGAGGACAAGGACGCCAAAGGCCUCGGCAACCUUUCUUGCUGGCAUCUACAGGAAUAUGAGUGUACCAGAAGAAUACUUCCAGUAAUUUUCUCGAUGUAAAACAACCGUGAGAAAUUUCCAAAUAAAUUAAAUAAUGACACAUA